AUGGACGCGGCAGCCGUUCGGAACUGCAUCGUCGCAACCCUCGACCCCACUGCCGACGUGAGGAAACAGGGCGAGCACGAACUGAAGCAGGCCGAACAACAACCAGGAUUUAUCGACUGCCUCGUCACCAUCCUCCAGAGCGAACAACAGCAAAAUGUUCGCUUGGGAACCGUUAUCUACCUCAAAAACAGAGUCCACCGCGGCUGGUCAGACGGCGAAUCUGCAUCCUCCGAGCCCGCGAUAAACGAAGACGAGAAGACGCGCUUCAAGGAGAACCUGCUCCCCCUCCUCGCCUCCUCGCAGGGCGUGAUCCGACAAAAUCUCAUCCCCAUCUUACAAAGAAUCCUUCACUGGGACUUUCCGCAAAAAUGGCCCGCCUUUAUGGACUACACCGUGGAGCUGCUUGGGACAAACGACAAAGACAGGGUGCUAGCCGGCCUACAGUGCCUGCUGGCCAUCUGCCGUGCUUAUAGGUUCAAGCCAAACGACGAUGAGAACAAAGCUCAGCUGCAGAAGAUCAUUGAGGGCAGCUUCCCCAGGCUCUUGGACAUCUGCAGGGAACUUGUUGUACAGGAGAGCGACGAUGCCGGCGAGAUGCUGCACAUUGCGCUCAAGGCUUUCAAGCACGCAACCUUCCUCGAAUUACACGGCAUUCUACUUCAGCAAGAGACAAAUAUGGCAUGGUGUGACAUCUUCUUAAGGACCGUCUCGAGGGCGGUCCCCGCCUCGGCUAUGGCUGACGAGAGCCCCGAGCGGGAAAAGCACCACUGGUGGAAGGCGAAGAAGUGGGGAUACUACAACCUCAACCGUCUUUACCAAAGGCAUGGCAACCCGGAGGCCUUCCCCAAAGAUGCUACCGCCCAGUUGGAUUUCGCAAAGUACUUUUCCAGCACCGUUGCGCCCGCUAUUCUCAAGCACUACCUUGUCGAGAUCGAGAAAUGGGUCGCCAAGACCACCUGGCUUAGUCGACCAUGUUUGUCGUACAUCAUCGUAUUCUUGGAUGAGUGUAUUAAGCCGAAGGAGAUGUGGACACAUCUGAAGCCUGACCUCAACAACCUCAUUCAGCACUUUAUAUUCCCCGUCAUGUGCCUGUCCGAGGAUGAUGUCAAUGACUUUGAGGAUCAGCCUGAGGAGUAUCUUCACCGGAAACUGAACUUCUACGAAGAAGUUAGCGCCCCUGAUGUCUCUGCGACCAACUUCCUCGUCAACCUCACAAAGUCCCGGAGGAAGCAGACCUUCGAGGUUCUUCAGUUCAUCAACAAUGUCGUCAACGAAUACGAGGCUGCAGCACCCGAAAGCAAAAACCACAUUGCCAAGGAGGGUGCAUUGCGCAUGAUAGGAACCUUGGCGCCUGUCUUGCUGAGCAAGAAGAGCCCAAUUGCCGACCAGGUUGAAUACUUCCUCGUCCGAUAUGUCUUCCCCGACUUCACGAGCACCCAAGGCGUACUCCGCGCCCGUGCUUGCGAUACCAUUGAGAAGUUUGAGGCACUUGAUUUCAAAGACCAAAACAACCUCCUCACUAUUUACCGAAACAUCCUGCAGUGCAUGGCCGAUCCCGACCUUCCCGUCCGUGUGACGGCGGCGCUUGCUCUGCAACCUCUGAUAAGACACGACAUCAUCCGCAGGAGCAUGCAGGAGAGCAUUCCCACAAUCAUGCAGCAACUGCUCAAACUGGCCAACGAGGCUGACAUUGACGCUCUGGCGAACGUAAUGGAGGACUUCGUGGAGGUCUUCGCCAAGGAGCUCACACCGUUUGCGGUUGCGCUUAGCCAACAGCUCAGCCACACCUACUUGCGGAUUGUUCGUGAACUCCUGGACAAGAACGGCGGACGCGACGGCGAGGACGAUUAUGCGGACUUCCUUGACGAUAAGAGCAUAACGGCCUUGGGUGUCCUGCAAACGAUCGGCACGCUGAUCCUGACCCUCGAGAGCACCCCCGAGGUUCUUCAGGCCAUCGAAACAGUAUUGAUGCCCGUAAUUGAAAUCACAUUAGAGAACAAGCUCUAUGAUCUGUACAACGAGGUGUUCGAGAUCAUUGACAGCUGCACAUUUGCUGCGAAAAACAUUUCACCAAUCAUGUGGAAAGCUUUCGAGCUUAUUCACCAGACGUUCAAGUCUGGCGCUGAGCUCUACCUUGAGGACAUGCUCCCGGCACUGGACAACUAUGUUCAGUAUGGCGCCCCUCAUCUUGUGCAAAACCCACAGUACAGCCAUGCCCUGUUCGAUAUGGUCAAGACCAUGUUCGAGGAACCUAAGGUGGGCAAUGUGGACAGGAUUUGCGCAUGCAAGCUUGGAGAGGCCAUGAUGCUCAGUCUCCGCGGAUCGAUCGACAACUACAUCGAGGGUUUUGUGACGAUGGCGAUGAACAUCAUCACAUCCCAAGACAUCAAGAUCAAGUCCGUCAAGAUUCACCUGAUGGAGAUGGUGAUCAACGCCAUCUACUACAACCCCCUUCUCACGCUGCAGGUCCUGGAGUCCAACCAGUGGACCAAUAAAUUCUUCAGCCUCUGGUUCAGCAGUAUGGACCUUUUCACUAGGGUACACGACAAGAGGUUAUGCAUCGUUGCCAUCUCUGCUCUUUUGAGCAUCAACCCAGAGCAGAUCCCGGCAAGCGUCUCCACAGGGUGGCCUCGUUUGCUCCAAGGCAUCACUGUUCUUUUCAGGACCCUGCCUAACGCCGAGAAGAACCGUGCCGAGGCCAUGAAGGAUGACUUCACACUCGACCCUGGCAGCUAUGACUACGAGGAUGACGAUGAGUGGGACGAGGAUGACGCCAACUGGAACGCUGAUGGAGACCAAGAAGAGGAGCCAUCCGACGUCAAGGAUGAGAGCACGGCCUAUAUCGAGUUCCUGAACGAAGAGGCACAGAAGUUCAGCAACUUGGACCAGGGAGGUUUCGAGUCUGAUGAUGAUCUUGGAGAGCAAAGCCUACUCCUCGAGACACCGUUAGAGAAGGUUGAGCCGUAUGGAAUUUUCAGAACAGUCCUCUUACGCUUGCAACAAGAACAGCCACAGUUCUAUCAGUCUCUAGCAGGGCACCUGCAGGAUGACGAUCGGAACAUGUUGCAGACAGUGGUACAACAGGCUGAACAAAUCAUGAUUGUCGCUCAACAGCAGCAACAGGCAAUGGGACAGGGCGCAGCCAAUGGUGGCGCCAGCUAA